GCGUCGUUUUCCAUAAGCCUCGUGUGUUAAGGCGGUUGGCUUGACUAACGAAUCACGAAGCUACUGCGAUCGAUACAUAGGACGUUCGGUGGAGUUACGAAUGAGAACCGAAGAGUACCGAAGUUAGUCGAAGCAUUACGGAAAAUACCGAGCGUAAGCGAAACGUAGAAGGGAGGAAACGACGCGUAUGCGAACGACGCCGAGGUCUUCUCCGGCUUUGGUUGAAAGAGUGUUCGCGUCUACGGGCGCGGCUUUUGCGUCUCGAGCUGGCGUUUUACACGGGAAAAUGUCCUCCCUCGACUAUCUCGACUUGUGUCGACUCUGUCUCGUGAAGGACCGCGUCUCCGUGCCGAUAUUUGAGGGCGAGGGCGACGUAAGGCAAAUUUUUCUCAAGAUAACCGCCUGCCUACCGGUCAAGGUCGAUAGGGAAGACAAGUUACCUAAGAAAAUAUGUGAUGACUGUGUGUAUAAAGUAGAAUUAUUUUAUCAAUUUUGGAAUACAUCGGUUAAUGCGGAAAAACAAUUGUUGCAAUGGCUGGGAGAAGUUGGAUUAGAAGAAAAGCCAGAUUAUGUUACAAAUGUUCUGAAUCAAAACGUUAUGAAACCAGAUCCAAGCGGUGGAAACAGAUUAGAUGGAAGUAUGAUGCAGCAAGUAAGCGGGCAUCAAAACAACAUGGGUAUAGGUAUGAUGGACAACAUCAGCUUGAGUAUGCCUAUGAUGAUGUCCACGACCAAUCAACAACAAAUAACCUCAGUUCCUAUGGACGCAAGUGGUAGUUCUGUGCAAGAAAUGCCUGGUACAAGUACUCAGUCUACGCAUGAACAAAUCACACAAAGUCAAACAAAUACAAGCAAUCAACAUGAAGAGGAGGAGGAGAGUAGUGAAGAAGAAGAAAACUCAGAAGAUGAAUGUGAUGGAGAAGAAGGCCUACCUGUUAAAGAAGAAAGUGAAGAAGAUCCUAACAAUAGCAGAGUCAUCGAACCAACAACAUUUGUAAAUGUUUCAUUAGCCUGCGAUGAAGCUGGCCCAUCGGGACUUCAACAACAGAAGGUUACUGAGAUGCCUGAAAUGGCAAUGCAACAAAGUACAGACGGAGAUCCCAAAUCUGGAUAUUUUGACUCAAAGAUCACGAUACAUCAUCAGGCUCAGGAACAACAGCAAUGCGGUAUCAACGAAACAAAAAACGUCUUUAGCCCUGAAAGCAGCAACCCGUUGAUCAAUGAUCCAUUGGACGUAGCGAAGAUGGAAAAUGCUGAAAUAAUGAUGACCGAGGAAACAAUACUUCGAUGCACUUUCUGUGGCGACGUAUUCGUGGACGAGCACACUUUAGUUUUACAUCUACAAAGUCAUGAACAGGUACCGGACGAAUCGUUCGUUUGCGAGCACUGUGGUUGCAAUUAUCCAACUUCACUGGCACUGAUAGAACAUCAGGAGGAACACGCGAUACCGGAAAAGAACUAUAGUUGCGAAUCUUGCGAUUACGUCACUUUACAUCGACCUAGUCUCGUUAUUCAUCAAAAACGUCACGGUCCUCAGUUAAGGUAUCAAUGCGAGAUCUGUGGCCUUGGUUUCACAACACGUAAUAGUUAUCAAGAUCAUCAACUUUUGCAUUCUCGCGAAAAACCAUUUCAAUGUGAAAUUUGUAACGCCACAUUUCGAUAUCGUCAGGGUCUUAGAUUACACGCUAAACUACAUCAGCCCGAUUAUGUUCCACCUCAGAAGAAACAUCAUUGCGAAUUGUGUAAUAAGCGUUUCUCUAGGAAACAAGUAUUAUUGGUGCAUAUGAAGACUCAUGGUAACGUAGGACCGUCCAAUGAAUACGUCUGUCCUAUCUGUGGUAAAGCUGUCUCCAGUAAAACUUAUUUGACGGUACACUUGCGUAAACAUACCGGUGAGAAACCACACGUUUGUGAUCUUUGUGGAAAAGGUUUUAUAUCACAGAACUAUUUAAGUGUUCAUCGACGCACGCAUACGGGCGAACGACCUCACAAGUGUACGCACUGCGAAAAAAGAUUCACACAACGUACCACUUUGGUCGUACAUUUGCGUGGACAUACCGGAGACAGACCUUAUCCUUGCACUUAUUGUCACAAAUCCUUUGCCUCAAAGACCAUGUUGAAUUCCCAUUUGAAGACUCAUGCAAAACAAAAUGCACGGCAACAACAGGAACAGCAACGAAGGGAAUUGCAACAACAACAGUAUCAACAACUUCAACAACAUGAGCAACAACAAGCUCUGGAUACUGUAACGAUUUUGUUGCCGAGUUAAAAUAAUACUAAACGACUGGCUCGAAAUCUUGUCUCAUAAUAAUGAUUAGAUAAAAUUUCAUUAUCUAAGCUUUCUCUUAUUUUAACGUUAUUUUUCUUUGAAUCGUUACAUGUUGAAAACGUAAAUUUAUUCGUCGGAUUUUCACUGUAGGGACCACUUGAAAGUAUAGUAUUGAUACUGAUACAAAAUAAGUUUAAAACAUAAUGUUAUAUAUUUAUAUUUAUUGUAUUUUAUUUUAAAUUAUUUAAAAAAAAAAAAAAAAGAAAAAAAAGCAGCAACAAUUUUUACGUGCUAUGAGAAUCUUUAAGGAAAAAGAUAAGUAGUAAUCUAUGUGAUGAUUAUCAUGAAGUCUAUCCAAGUUAUUGUCUUUUUUUUUUUAUUGAAGAUUAUUUAUUGUAUUUCUUAUUGCGAUUAAGAAAAUAAUUUUGACUUGAUGUUAAAACUUGGCCUAUUCCAAGUGUUGAGCCGUCCAUAUUGUCUUUAACUUUUAAUUAUACAGUAUUUACCUUUAAUACUCAAUUUUGCUUCUAGUUAUCAUAUUAGAUAUAGAAUCAUGUGUACUCGUAUUUCGUUCCUACUUCCAUAGCUAUUAAUCAAUUAUUUUUCAAAGCCACUUUUUUUUAUUCUAUCGUCAAUAGGAAUGUUUGUUGAAUAAAUUUUUCUCCUGAAAAAUGAAAAAUUAUAGUGCCUUAUGAUCGUGAAUAUUUAUAUUUAUAAUGUCGUACAUUU